AUGUCCGAGAAAGAGACAGCUACACACAACCUGGACGAGGUGAGCAGUGUGGACAACCGCGAGUGGGCGGACGUGGAUCAGGCCAUGGCGCUGGCUAAAGAGUCCAAGGAGGUGACUCUCGACAAAAAAACCAACAAUGCUCUUCUUCGGAAACUCGACUUAUUUCUGAUGCCCCUGGUCUCCUUCCUGUACUCGUUGUUCUACAUUGACAAGGCCUGCAAUGGUUACGCUGCAGUCAUGGGGAUCAAGACCGACAUGGGCAUGGUAGGCAACCAGUACGCCUGGACCUCGUCGGCAUUCUAUCUGGGAUACUUAUGUUUCCAGCCGUUUGCUGGUUACACUCUCCAGCGGUUUCCGCUCUCGAAAACGUUCAGUCUAUACAUGUUUUCGUGGGCAAUAAUCAUUUGCCUGCAAGCUUCGAAUCACAGCUACGCAGCGUUCAUAUUUCUGAGAACACUUCUGGGCUGCUCGGAAGCAUCUGCCUCCGUGUUCACCACUAUUCUGACGUCUCAGUACUACCGGAAAAAAGAGGCGUUUUUGAGGGUGUCCUUUUGGCUCAGUACCGCUGGAUUUGGUGUCUUCUUUGGGUCGCUGAUGUCCUACGGUAUAGCCAUCCGAGCAGACCAGUUUUCGAUCGAGCCUUGGAAGAUCCUCUUCAUCGCUGUCGGGCUUAUUUCGCUCACAACUGGAAUUAUUGUCUUCUUUCAUAUCCCAGAUACUCCUGGAGAAGCUUGGUUCUUGUCCAAGAACGAGAAAUUACUGGUGGUGGAGAGACUGAGGGAGAACUUUCAAGGCUUUGGAAACAAAAAAUUCAAAAGAUACCAGUGCAUCGAGGCUCUGCUUGACGCGAAAACCUGGCUUUUCUUUCUCUACGCCGUGUCGUUCAACAUUCCCAACGGUGGAAUCAGCUCUUUUGGGUCCAUCUUGCUGAACUCCGACCUUGGAUACUCUGCUACGGACGCCUUGCUCUAUGGAAGUCCCCAGGGUGUGGUGGAAUUUGUUGGACUUCCUAUCAUUGCGUAUCUGAUCCAGAGAUACAAUUGGCCACGGCUGCUGACCACAAGCAUAGUUAUUGUGGUUUGCCUUCCCUUUGCUUGUAUGCUUGCUUUCUGUAAGACAACGCACGCAAAGCUGGCCGGCUACUAUCUGCUGAACUUGAUGCAGAUUGGACCCAUUGGAUGUUUCUCUUACUUUGCAAGCAACACGCCUGGCCACACCAAAAAAAUCACAGUCACCGGAGUCUACCUGAUCGGGUACUGUGUUGGCAAUCUUAUCGGUCCCCAGACUUAUCGCGCUUCAGAUGCACCCCACUACGUGCCAGCAAAGAUCGCUAUAGUUGUGUGCCUGGCCGUCGCGUCCUUGUGUAUUUUGGGAGUCUAUCUUCUUUGCAGAAGAGAAAACAACAGGCGCGACCGCAUGGAGGAAGCACGACCAGAGCUGGCUCCAGAGAAUAUCGAAUUCUCGGACCUGACCGACAAGGAGAAUAUUUUUUUCAGAUACACCCUCUAG